AUGAAUGUGAACAGUUCUGGUAAUAAUGAUAAUAACAACGAACAAAAUAAUGACGUUUUAUGGGAAUCGUUGUAUAACGAUUUUAACGAAAUAACAAACACGAAUAAAAAGCACUUUAACUAUAUUGAAAACAGUUUGUACAACUUUUGCAAAGGAGUCAGCUCAUCGGAAAAUUUAAGCUACGAUGUAAAAAGUAGAUCAAAAAGUGUAUUCUUAAGUGAUAAAAAAAAAGGGUACUACUACAACAUGAGUAGUACAGGAGAUAACGACACAGGGAGUAGUAGAAAUAAUAUAAGUAACAUCAAGAACAAUAACAGUGACGUUAUGGAUGGUUGGAGUUCUUCGAACGGGGAAUUAUUACUGAACAGAAAUCAGCACAAGGAAGGGGAUUAUAUUUUUAGUAGAAAUAACAGUAAUUAUAGCAGUAAUAGUAAUCCCAAUAGUAAUCCCAAUAGUCAUCAUAAUAGUCAUCAUAAUAUAUAUCGUAAUGGUAGUAACAACAUUGUUAAUAAGAGGAGCACGAACCUAAUGAUGUUGCACGAUGAUAGUAACACCGACUACUCCAAAUUGCCUUAUCAUCAACACAGUUAUAAAAUCGAUGAUUUCGAAAUAGAAUAUUUUAAAAACAAUUAUUUUAAUGUCGAUAGUGAAUAUUUAAAAAAUGAAACAUAUAUUAGUUGUAAUGAUAUUAUGAACAGUGACAAAACAAGAAAUUCUGAUAGCUUUAACCAAACAUCUUUUCAGUUAAAUCAUAUGUCGAAAAUGUCGAAUACUAAUAUCUAUAAUUUUGAUGAAAAAAAUAAUGCAAGCAGUAGUAGCGAGUUGAGAGAAGGAAAAAAGAAUGUGUUUAAUCUAAGCAAAUAUAAAAACGGUAUUGGCCAUAUCAAUAGUGUUAGUAAUGGUAGUGCCAUUAACGGUAUUAACGGAAGUGCUAAUUUUGCCAACAUUGUUAAUGAGUAUGAAAAUGGUAGUAGCAUUGACUUGACAAAUUUCAGAUCGCACAAAGAAUAUUUAAACAAAAGAGAGGAUCUUACAUAUUUAAUGGGCAAUAAAAAAAUAUAUGAUAAUUUGAAGGAAAACGAAAAAAGAGGAAAGGAUUUAUUAUCAUUUAAUGCGAACUAUAAUGUUGUUCAUAUUAAUGAUAACGUUAAUGCGAGUGAUAACAUUAUUAGUAAUAUUAAUAAUGGCACUUUCGAUAACAUUAGUUGUAGGGAAAAGAACAGCAUUUUGCAUAACAUGUACAAGUACAGAAAUUUUACGGUAAAGUCGGUUGACAAUCUCACGUACCCGAAUUACAGUUAUAAUGGAAGUGAUAAGAAUGAUGGAGACCACAUAAGUAUGAACCACGUUGGUAAUAACAACAACGAAAUUAACAUAGACAAUAGUGAUAAUAAACGUUACAGCAGUUGCAACUCUCUGGAGAAAUUGGACAUGUUGCUGAAAAGUAAGUGUAUUUACCUGAAUAGUGCAGGCGAAACUGGUUCGAUUUUUUCCAAAAAAAAGAAAAAGGAGAAGGAAAAAGGGAAGAAAAAUGAGGAGAAAAAUGAGGAGAAAAAUGAGGAGAAAAACGAGGGGGGAAACGAGGAGGAAAACGAGAAGGAAAAUGAGGAAGAAAACGAGGAGGAAAACGAGAAGGAAAAUGAGGAAGAAAACGAAAAAGUAAACAGAAGUUUUCAUAAUAAUUACAGUAGUUGUUAUAACAACUACGGUGGUAGUAGUAGUGAGAAUUUCAAAAAGUCCUUUUUAAGCUGUGAUAUUUACAAGAUAGACUCGGUCAUGUCUGAUACGUUUAAUAGGAACACAGAAAUGGACAAAAUUGAAUCACCUGCAUCGGAAAAUAUACAAGAGAUUAUUCAUAACGAGUUAAUAAAUAGAUCAAAGAGAUUAUCAGAAAUGAGUAAAAAGUGCUUGAAUGGCUACUCAGAUAUAGACAAUUAUGAUAAUAGGACUACCGAUUCGUACAUAAAAAAAAAAAUAGAUAAGCAUAAUAGUUAUAUGAAUCAUGCAAAAGAUAUCACAAGUAUCACUAGUAGUUACAAUAACAUAGAUGAAUAUUUACACUACAUAAAAUGUUUAGAUGGUGCUAAGGCUGUCAAGUCUAUACCAGUGCACACACCAGUUCAUGGACCAUUUUACCGUAUCAAUAAUAAUAGAAAUCAUAUUAAUGACAACAACGAAUAUAGUUAUAGUAACGAAGAGGAAGAAGAAGAAGUGGAAAAACAGAAUGCCUAUUGUGCUUUUAAUAUAAUGAAAGAAGAACAAAUGAAUAGUAGAAUACACGAACAAAGAAAAGGAAAAAGCGGAAUUGGAAAGGGCGAUAAAACCAAAAGUUACAGCAACAACGAGAGAAGUGAGAAAAAUAAGAAACAUGACAAAAAGGAGGGUAAUCAGAAAAAAUAUAAUAAUAGUAAAAAUAAAAAAAGCGGAGGAAACGGAAUGAGUGAUGCUUAUGAUGUAGAAGCGGAAGACGUGGAAAACGUGGAAAGAGCGAGAGUAGCAAGUGAGGAAAAUUGCAAAAGAGUCAGUAAGUUAUUUGACGCUUAUGAUAAAGAGAAAAUUCUGGAAGGAGCAAGCAGCAUGAACAAAGGGUGUUUCGCUAAUGGAGGCAUUGGAAGUGUAGGUAUAGAUAAUGAGGAUAUUAGGGAAAAAAAAAAAAUUAAUAAUAAUAAUAAUCAAAAGGAUUAUAACACUGAGAGAAAUUCUGGUUUGACAAAAGUAAAAAGAAAUGCGACGUUUCAAAAUGAUAUUAAUGAUGAGAAGGGGCAGGAGCAGAAGCAGCAGAAAGCGGAGCACGAUGAGGGAAAUUGCAGUGGUGAAGAUUCUGACUGCGGCAGUGAUUUUAAUUUGAAUAUUCUUUUCGGAUACUGUGAUACUCCAAAAAACGAAGGAGGUAGUAGUUGUAAUAGUAGUAGUCAACAUGGCAGUGUGAACGAGGGUGGUAACAGCAGUUUGACACAUAUCUACAAAAGCACGCGUUGUGCUCGAAGGAGCACAUACAGUUAUGAAAUGAACAAGGAAGAUGAAGAAGGACCUAACAGUAUCAUUGAUUACAACUUAGAUGAUGUCGAAAUGGAAAAAGGAAAAAAUGGAAGAGAGAGGGCAAAAAAUAAGAGCAGUAAUGAUAACAGUAAUAGCGGCAAUACCACUAGAAGAAACUAUAACAGUAUUGGAAACAACUGUGAUAAGUCGAAGACGAACAGCGUUUUGCGUAAAAUCAUAAUGCACCCACAUUAUUCUGAAAAAUAUUGUUUGGAAAAAAAAGAAAAUUUACCUUAUGCUGAAGAAAUGAAAAUAAGUAAUGGUCAGAAGAAAGCUUUGGAACAGUGUUAUGAUACCAUUAACCAUGCUCAUGAUGUGAAACGAUUAUAUCGAGAAAAAUAUUUUUUACAAGAUUUAUGUGAAAAACGAAAAGUUAUGAUACAAAAAAGUAAAAUCGAAAAUACAAAAUUAAAUGUUGAGAUAAAAUCGCUAUUAAGUUUCAAUAAUAAUUUAAGUUAUGCAUUAAAAGAAAAAGAAGCAGAAAUAAAAAUUUUGAAGAAACAAAAGGAGGAAUUAGAAUUAAAUUUAAUGAAUAGACUCAAAAAGAAUAGUAGUAAUAACAACCAAUAUUCCUUUUUAACCAAUUUCACAACUCAUCAGCAAGAGCAGAAGAAAGAUCAGAAGCAACUACAAAAGAAACAAUAUAAUUAUAGCAAAGAGGGAAAAUUUUGUAGUAAUGUUGAUGAGGAUGAUGAUAGUCUUAUCUCUAACAGGAUGAUGAUAUGUAAUAAAAAUUGCACGAUCCUUAGUAAUGUUAGUGAUGAUAGUAAUAAUAAUACCUCGAUAAUACAAAGUUAUGAAGAAAAAAUACAGGAGCUUAUAAUUAAAGUUAAAAUGUAUCGGACACAAAACCGCGACUUGCAGGAGCAGUUGAAAAUAUUUAUGAACGGGUAA